AACAUCUCAAAACAUGCAGCCAUAUUUGGACGAAUUUGCGGAUGCGUCUCUCUCGGCCACCGCACUGCCCAACGCAACACGCUGGCUGCAGUCGUUCUCUACACAGCACGCCGGCUCCUUUUCCUUCGGGCCGCUCGGGUCGCCGUCCGUGAAGCAGAGCUUUGUUGCAGCAUUGCUCGCUCAGGUCGCAGCUGCCGUCGCGACCGUUCGCGCGCGGGUUGGCGAGCCGACGUCCGAUUUGGCUGCCGGUUCGCUGCUUGUUGUGCUCCAGCACGCACGGCUCGCGUUGGACGUCCUGCGGCUGGUCAGUCGCGAGCGCGUUGCUGUCGAAGCGCUGCAAUCCCAGCAAGGGCUUCAACUCUGUGUCGAUGUGGUUGAGUUUGCGACGGUCGCUGGCAAGUCAGCGUCUGGCGCGGUCGCUUCUGUUGUUGAAGCAGCAGGAAGCUCGCCGCGCCACUUUUACCACUGGGUCUGUCAGCCAACGUCGUCGUCAUCAUCCUCACCGGCAUUGGACGCACAGACGCGCGCGGCGUUGCUGGCUGCGAUGGACGCGUGUGCAGAGGACGCCGUCAAGUGCUGCGUCAACGCCAUCUUCAACAACGCGCCAAUGCAGGCAGCGUUCGUCGCCGUCAAUGGUCUGGCAGUCGUCAUGAAUGUACUUGCACGCGUUGCCGCCUCUGCUGCGACUUUGACCUCUGGCGACACGCCGGACGCGGACGCGGACUGGCCAGUCCCGUCGACCCUUGGCUUUUACGUUUGCCGAAUCGUGUUUAUGAUGACCGCCAUGGAUCGCACCCAAUACUUGCCGAUGGUGCGCGACACCUACCAUGGGCUGGAUGUGCUUGUUCAAUUUACGCGCUCGCAUGUUUCCACGCAAGCACCCUCGGUCGCAAACCCUCCUCUUGCCGCGACUGAAACCGAAGCCAUGACCACGUUCGACGCCAUCUCGCACGAACAGCUGGUGGCGCUUUCUGCCCCUGCAAUCAACACGCUUAGUGAGGUGUUUAAGCUGCUGUACAACUUGACGCUUCACUGGGAGUCGGCGGAAGACGUCCACACUCGGUCUGACGGGCAUCGGCGCGCUGAACGAGCACAAUUCGCUGCGCUCGUUUCCAUCGUGCGGCCCGUGCUGCACAUCACGACCAUCCCCACCGGGCGGCUCGACUCGACGGAAGACGCCCUUUUCACUCUGCGCACCCAUGCCGUCAACAUUCUGACAAACACCCCGCUGGGCUGCACAGACACGAUGGUCCUUCGCAGCCCGCAAGAUCCCGCCCUUCCGCAGCUCAAUCGCCUGGCGCAAGAGCGCAGCUUGCCCGCGCUCAGCAGCACUGGAGGUGCAAUCUCGGCGGCGUCUUCUUCUUCUUCCAGCGCCUCGACAUCCAGCAGCAGCAGCAGCGGCAGCAGCAGCGGCGCACCCUUGUUUGAUGUUCUCGUCGGCGAUGGCGUGCUGCGGUUUUUGGCGUACCAACUGUGCCAGAUGGGCUCGUCGCCGCGGCUCGGCGCUCCUCCUCAGAGCAACUCUCCGCGCGAGCUGCUCACUCCAGUUCUGAUGGCUCUGCGCAUUUACACCCGAGGCUCGCGACUGGUGCGUCGCUACACGAAGGCCGCGCUCGCAACCGACCUGUCGACCGUGUUGCCAGCCGAGUUGGUGGCUGCGCUGCCGGCAGCUCUCUCCUCUGCUGGGGCAGCACCAAGUGGUGGAAGCAGCGGUUUGUCGCCGGCAGAUGCCUCGUCGUCCGCAUCAAGCACUCUUGCGCCGGAGGAAGGCACGUCGCUUCGUGCCGCGCUCAUCCGACUUCUUACCUCGCAUGUCUCGCAGGUGAACGCGCUGGCUGGGGAUGUGCUUCUCAUUCUCUGCAAGGGCAACUUGGCCAAGCUUGUCCGGAUGACCGGCUACGGCAACGCCGCUGGUCUACUUGCCAACCGCGGUCUGUUCGGGCAGCCCCUCGACGACCGCAGUGCCGACCCGUACUCGUCCGAAUCGGAUCAGGAGGGCGAGGGUGACGACGUUGAGGACGAGGAAGCUGGGCGGCUGCGUGACGAUCGCGCCCGCAACAUCAACCCCAUCACCGGCAAGCCAUUCGAUGAUCAAGCACACGACAAGAUGCAAAAACAACUUUCAGAAAUGACCGAGGAGGAGCUCGAGGCCGAGGCCGCCCAGCUUGGUCUGCUCUUCGAGCGCCUCAACCGUACCGGCGUUAUUCGCGUGAUGGGUGUCAACGAAAACAACGAGCAGACGCCGCUCAAUUUCCCUCCCGAAGAAGAUCGGCAAGAUGGACCUUCAGGGCCAUAGUCGCGUGCUUCAUUUGCUUUCAGUGCUGUCAAACCAAAAACAAAUACAAACAAAAAAAUGGUAGAUCUUGCAGUUGUCUGGCAAUUUUCCUUCAUGCCUGCUGUUGGUGCUUGCUGUUUCGGUGAUUGUCGGAUACCCACGAAGCUGCAUCAUGAGCCAAAAAACCCCCGAGUGAUUGAUUCUGGAAUCGAUGAUUUGCAUGAUAACUUGACGGAGGGUGCAACGAAAACAAUGUUUCCGCUAGUUCUCACAAAAAAAUCGAUGCCGACUACAAACAUGAAUGCCGAGCGCACAACCUGGAAAAAAAUGGUUU